AUAUCAGAUUUUUACUUAGUUUAAAGCAGUUCGUCGCAUCAACCAGUUAAUAAGCAAUACUCUACUCUUACGACAAUUCCAAUCGCUGUAUUUUGGGCAGACAGUUCAAUUUUCUCAAUCAGUUGAUAUUUUUAAUUUGAUUAACACAAACCAACACUUCUCAGAUCGAAAUGAAGCCAACGUUGGUUAUUGUCAUUAUUGCCAUUUUGGCUAUGAGUGUUUUUGCUCCAAUCGUGGUUGAAGCUUGUUUAAAACAUGACUCGCCAUGCAGAGGAACACAUGGAAGCCAAGCAGCUUGCUGUCCCGGCUUGUAUUGCCAUAAACCCAAUCCAACAUGGGCGCUAGGACGUUGCUAUUACCGAUAAAAAUAUUGUGUCCAGAUAAUCAACAAAUACUAUUUGCUUCCAUCGAAAAUUGAAUGAAAAAAAUUUGAAUUUGAAUAUUGUUUGAUUUAUUUUGACCUAAAAGAAACCAAUAAAUUUUUUAUUUACUGUGCUAUUUAAAUAAAUUUCUUACGAAUUUAAGAUUGUUCUCCAUCAUUCUUUAUUAACAACAUACUAUUGGCAUUGUUUUGGAUUUUUUCUAAAUAUACAAAACUGAUUAAUAAACGAAUCCUUUCGACUGUUGUAUUUGAAUCACAUGUCAACCAAACGCGCUCAUCACACUGAGCUCAUAAUCUACUACUUUCAUAAAAACAAAUAUUUUAAAAGUACAAAAAUGUCGUGUGACUACGCAAAUGGCCUCUCUGAGUACAGUAACAAAGGAGUUUUGGGAAUUGCGGAAGUUUUUGAUGACGAAAAAACUGUGGAUGAAAAAUGUGCUACACUGGCCCAAAUGAUAUUGGCAGCAAAACAUGUCGUGGUUCACACUGGCGCAGGCAUCAGUACCUCAUCUGGCAUUCCGGAUUUUCGUGGACCAAAAGGAGUGUGGACGCUCGAAAAAGAAGGAAAAGCGCCGCAGGUGAAUGUUUCAUUCUCAGAAGCAAUCCCCACGAAAUGCCAUAUGGCUCUGAAGGCACUGCUAGAUUCAGGUCAUAUAAAAUACAUCAUAAGCCAAAAUAUUGAUGGGUUGCAUCUACGAUCUGGAGUAUCGAGGAAGCAUUUGGCCGAAUUGCACGGCAAUAUGUUCAUUGAAAAUUGUGACAAAUGUCGCAGACAAUAUGUGCGAGCAACUCCGGCACCCACUGUUGGGCAAAAAAGAACCGGUGGCUUAUGCAAAGGAGGCAAAGGAACUCGUGCAUGUCGCGGAGGAUAUUUGAUUGAUAACAUUUUGGAUUGGGAACAUGAUUUACCCGACAAAGAUCUCGAUAUGGCACUAUCUCAUUCAUGCCUCGCUGAUUUGAACAUAACACUUGGCACAACGCUUCAAAUAAAUCCAGCUGGAACUCUACCAUUAAAAAGUAAGAAGUUCGGUGGAAAGGUUGUAAUUUGCAAUUUGCAACCAACGAAAUAUGAUAAAAAAGCCGAUUUGGUCAUCUCAACGUACGUGGACACUGUGAUGGAAAAGGUGUUAAAGCGCUUGGGUGUUGAGUUACCAGAAUAUUCAGGGGAAAAUGACCCAACGAAGCGAUUGCCGUGCGAUACAGAAUGGACCAUUGCGCCAAAACUAGUAAAAGAAAUCGACGAUCAGCAUAAGCAAAUGUUGAAAGAGAUUAAGAAACGCAAAUCCGAUGAACCAGCUAAUGUAUCCAAAGCAAAGAUAAAAAUCGACCAUGUUCCGAAAAAGGAAGAAAAAGAAGACAUUUUCAGUGGGCCCAUAUUCCAAACGUCAUAAACAAGAGCAACUGUCAAAUUUAAACCGCCGC